AGGCACUCCCACAGCACAGCGGGACGAUUAUAACAGCGUAGAAACUGUGCACACUGCAGAGAUAUCAUUGUCCCUUACUGGUACGGAUGUAAAGUGACUCUAUCGAUCGCAACCCGACAACGGCAGGCGCACUGUUUAUUUAUAGCGACGUAAGCAGUGUGACUGCCAGCACAUACGGAUAUCUGACACUUCCUUCUCGUAAAGAGUUGUGCGCAGAUAUACAGUUCAGUUACAAGUACGACUGAGGAUUUUGAUGUUGCCGAGAGCCACAGCAUUGGGCAUGGACUACUUGUGAUGGCGCGAUGCAGGAUCAAAAUCAGGAAAUAGAAGACACCAACAACUGUCAAACGUGCUCUGCCCUUUUGGAUAGAAAGGAAGAUUUUGAUCUACCAGAGGACAAUGCUCUGCCUAUUGAUGUAAAUGUUGAUUUAAUAAACAAACCUCAUGCAAAGUUGAGUAAUUUGCAGAAGAAGGAACAACGAGAUCAGAGGACUGACUUUGUUAACAAGCUGAAGAAGUACAUAUCAGCUCUGCGAAACACAGGAGGUGGUAUAGUGCUGGUUCACAUAAAUGGAAUAGCAGAUGGGGACACAUGUCUAGACUACUUCAAUGAAUUAGUUGAUGUGAGACUGAAUGAUAUGAUCGAAGAUGGCAGUCUCUUUGUGCAAAGUUAUCAGAAGGAUUGGCUUCUAGACACCGAAUCAAACAGUGUAGAGAACAGAUGUUUCAAAGGAUUUGUUGUCAUCCAUGUAACUGGUUCUAGUAUAGUGACAACAUUUAACUUCAAUUCAAAACAACCACUUGAUAAUGCUAUAAUUGAUGUGCAAAGUAAUGCAGUCAUCAGAUUUCUCAAACAGAAAAACAGUUUUCAAAACAAAAGUACAUCAAUUCGUGGAAUACCACAGAUCAACGAAAGGCGAAACAUUCAAGUGAAAAGUUUCCGUCCUGAAACUCUACCUCCUGGGUUAUUGCAAAAUGCUGCCACAUUCAAUGACUAUCUUUGGGAAAAGUGUGGUUUAGCAGGAUAUAUAAGUGCCUUUUCUAAAUUAGAUGCUGGUGGCUCAUUCUUCCUUGGCAUCAACGAAGACGAAACACAAUACCCGAAGGAGACUUACAAGUCAAAGACAUUUACAGGAGUGGGCAUACAAUUCAGAGAUUUGCAAUUUCGUGAAGAUACUAAAACCGCCAUCUUGCAGUCUCUACAGAACAACACUGUUAUCGUGACAUACAGUGGAGAGCCACAGAACACACCUAGAGACACGAUUAAAGUCGCAUUCCAUCACGUAGAGGCAGACAAGUUUGUGCUGGAGGUAGCUGUUGCAGCAGUCGACGGUUUGCUGUGUUUCGAUAAGGAAGGACCAGAAGCUUACGAGUUUGAAAAUAACGAACUGAAGAGGUUAACGAUAAAAGAGUGGUACGAAGGUUUGUGUAUCAAAGACGAGACUGACACCCAGGCUGAAAGCAGAGAUGGCACUACUUGAAAAAGACAGCAACCCUCGUUUAGAUGAGAACCUGACACACCGUCCUGUUGGGAGGGUGGACAUAAGGAGUCUGUAUCAGCGGAGGCCUCCCUGCAUGCAGAUAGAGAGGAGUCUGGAGGAUAUAGAGGCCACAGUUUUACAUGGAGGACUAAAUACAAUCAAGACAUUUCCCACGACUUUCCCAGCAGGAGGGGCAUAUGUUAAUUUGAAGACGAGGCUGAAUGAGCUCUCAACAAUGGAGAAUGUUGGUCUGGCAUACAUCGCUAAAUCUCUCCCUGCUACUGCUAAUAUGGACAUUAAGUACAGGACUCCUGGAGAUGUUAUUUUGGACAUAUGUCUUAUCAGACAGGGCAGUCCUGCAGUUGUUCUUUCUGUUGUGACAGACAUGCCUGUGGAUAUGAAACUUGCUCAACGAUACACCUCUGCUGUCUCUAAAGAACUUACAAAGAAUGUUCGCAGAUUUACGACUGUGACCUUCAACUCUAUAUACGGGUUACUUCAUGAGAAGGACCUCGCAUCAAAGGAAUCAUUUGAAUCAUCUCUAUCAAGGAUAGAGAAGGAAAGGUCUCGCCUCUGUGUUCCUGAUUCUUUGAGCAUGAACAGGGAAAAGUAUAAACAUGUUGUCCGCGCUUUCCUCUCUUCUGUUGCAGUAACAACGCUUGUUAGUAACAAAAACGAAGAAACUCUAUGGUUUUUGACACACAAACAGUUCUGUAUCCUGACACACAACAUUGAUCACACUGAAGUGCAUGUAGAUACCUGCCCAGCAAGCGGUGGUGGAGUCCUGUCUCUCACAGUUGCUCAACGUCUACAGAAACUUGGACCGACAUUGCUGAUAUCAGAUGACCCCACACUAGUCGAGCGUGCAAGAAAGCAGAAUAUUGAUUCCAAGACAUUCAAUGACAUCAAGCAAAGUGAACUGAUGGCAGAUAAAGAAGAUAUCAUGAACGUUGUUAUAUACCAUGUUGGAGGACCAUGCUCAUCUGAGACUCCACAGUUACCCCAGCUUUUGUCGGGUGCACAUAGGCGCUGGGUUUUCCACAGACAGAAAGGAAUGCUUGCGGAUGAAGAUGGGCAACAAAGGCAAAGCCUUUUGCCAGAACCAGCAACAGUUAGUGACUAUGAUGCGUAUACCAUGGAAAGAAUUCAUAAUCUUUUAGAUGCUACCUCUGCCGAAACAGCAAUGGCCAUCAAGGACAGCUUCAGAACAUCAGCUGUUGAUGAUGUCAUCAAACUGCUGGAAGGGGACAAUCGGUGGAUCACAAUCACUGGUCUGCCAGGGGAAGGAAAAACCACUCUUGGGUACAUGGUUCUGGAGACGAUGAAAGCCAAAGGAGCAACAGUUUGUGUCAUUGACAAUCCAAACAAUUAUGCUCUUUUCACAGACAAUGCAGUAACUAUGCAUGUGUUUUUGUUCAAGGAUGUUUUGAGCUAUGCUACCUGUGACCUAGAAAUCAGGACACAAUGGAUUCACUUUAUCAAUAACUUACAUAGACAGAUAGUCAAGGGUGAGCAUGUCAACAAUGUCUAUGCUGUCUUCAUAUGCAACAAACAUGAUGAGGAAUGGAAAUAUUUCGGUGGAUAUGAUGAGGAAAUAUUCCACAGAAAUGUUUUCAACCUGAGUGAGCACUUCAGAGAAACCCAUAGUGAACGAACCACAGUUCUUGAAUACUUUCUGCAGAAAUACCAGAUUCCAGUACAAAGACUGGGCACAAGCAUUGCCUGCAUCACGCAUGGAUUUCUACAUUGCUGUAAACUCUUUUGUGAAUGGCAAAAGACAAAUCAGACAAAACUGUCUCUUUUUUUCUCAGAUCCUCUUUUUUAUGUAAUGAAUAUAGUCAGUGCCCACAUACACGAUGUAAGUACCAUGACAUUUCUACGCAAUAUGCUACAGAAUGAUAGAUUCAUCUCCACAAAAGAAGUUGUUCUUCCAAAGCCUUUGUCUCAAAUGCCUGGUGUAUUCCUUCAGGAGGACAAACAGAUGCUAACGUUCAGUCAUCCAUCUGUUCGCAUGGUAGUAGCAUUGGUUGUCGGAAAGGAAGAUCCGCUAUUUGUCCUUCAGAACUGUAAUUCAACCUUUGUCAUUCCACGGCUGAAGAUCCAUACAGCAAAAGAAGAUACAGGAUUCUUAUACGUCAAUAUGGACAACCCUGAGGUGUUGCAAAAAGUCAUAUCGACCUUCAAACAUGCUUUGCAAGAGGGAUUCUUUGAUGUAAUAGGACAUGAAAUGUGCCUUGAAGAAACAUUCUGUCGAAAGCUGCUGACAGAUGUUUCAAACACAUCUUCAACAUUUCUAAACGAAGUGAACAUGGAUGGGUAUUCGUUACUUCAUGUAGCCCUGAGACAUGGCAACAAAGUUGCUGUACGUGUCCUUCUUGACAUGAAAGUGAAUGUGAAAGCCAAAUGUCAUGGUAAAACGGUGCUACACAUCUUCUGUGAAGACAUUAAAUUCGACGAAGAUCUCUUCUUACUAUUUCUUGAGAAUGGUGCCGAUGUCAGUGCAGUUGAUGAAGAAGGACAAACUAUUCUUCACCAUUUAUGCAUGCUGUCGGGAAAUGACCCUGCAAUCCCAUUGGUAUUAGGUAAGGGCUGUGACACUACGGUUACAGAUAAGAGUGGGAAAACAGCACUACAUUAUUUAUGUGCAAACAGACACAUUGAUGAAGACUUGGUCACAAGACUAAUUCAGUCAGGCUGUGAUGUGAAUAUGUUUGACAAAUGGGGAAAGAACGCUCUGCACUAUUUGUGUGAAAGUUCUGUGUUUGAUCAGAAACUUUUUCAUAUCAUAGUCAAACAUUGUGCUGAUGUUAGUGCAACCGAUCACUUUGGUAACAUGGCACUGCAUUAUGCUGCUGAAAGGGCCCAUCCGCUCUAUACCAUAGAUUUUCUCAUUAAAAAUGGAUCAAAUAUCAAUUGGAAAACUAAAUCCGGAGACACAGUACCACUCCUGCUUUGUAAGUUGAAUAAAUUACAAAGCCAACUUUUGGACUAUUUAAUUGGACAUGGUGCUGAUCUAAAUGUGGCGGAUGAGGAUGGAAAGACGAUCCUCAUUAUUCUUGCCGAAAAUGGGACUCUAAAUCUUGACAUGUUACGCUUGUUAAUAUCAGCUGGUUGUGAUGUCAACAAGCAGGAUGAUUUGGGUAGCACACCUCUCCAUUACUGCUGUAUCAGAGGUAAUAUGGAUAAAACUAUUUUCCGGAUGCUGCGGUACUAUGGUACAAAUGUAAACCACCCAAAUCAGUUUCUGAAGACCCCACUUCACUAUGCUUGUGAACACAAGUACAUUUAUCCGCAGGUCAUUAAACAUCUAAUCCUAUCUGGUGCUGACACAAAUGCCACUGACCUGCAUGAAAUGACCCCACUGAUAUAUCUGUGUGAGAACACACGUACAAGUAUGGAUGAUUUCUCUUUGAGUUUGGAUAUGUUGUUACAGGGAAAAUGUGAUUUGAACAAAUCAGACAAAGAUAGAAAAACGGCUCUGCAUUAUGUCUGUGAAAGGCAGAAAAAUACAAAAAUCAUAUGUGAGUUGAUUCGAAAGUGUGAAGAAGUCAACAUGAGCGAUAGCCACGGGAGUACACCACUGCACUAUCUUUGUAUGAGGGAAGACCUAAAGGAUCUAUCAGGGAUGGUGAAUAUGCUGACUCAAAAAGAUUCAGACCCGAACAUAUGCGAUGAGUGGAGGCGAGCACCACUACAUCUCUUGUGCAACAGAAAGCAUAUUGACAAGGAUAUUAUCAGGAUCUUAUUGACCGCUGGUGCAAACGUAAAUGUGAGGGAUGUUUUCAAAAAGACCCCACUUCACUAUGCUUGUGAUCAUACAACUGUUAACAGAGAUGCUAUAACUUUGUUGAUACGUGGGCGUGCUGAUGUGAACAUUUCAGACGGCAAUGAACGAACACCUCUGCAUCUAUUAUGCAGGCAGAAGCAUAUAGAUAUAGAAGCUGUGAAAAUUCUUUUGAAACAUAACACCCUUGUAAACAACACUGAUGAGCACGGAAAUACUGUCCUUCAUUAUGUGAGUCAAAAUGAGGCGUCAACCAAAGAUAUUGUGACUCUUUUAAUAGAACAUGGUGCUGAUUUAGACAAGACCAAUGGUUUAGGCAUAUCAGUCUCAGAAUGCCUUUUAAAGCGGACAGAUUUGAAACCAAUUGUACAGCGAGCCAUCUGGAAACAUAUGCCAGCAGGCAGUACAAUGCAAGCAGCAGAAGACUACAACCUCAGGUUUCAACUACCAAAUGGAGCACAAGAAUUGUUCAAAGAAAUCGGUAGGACUGGGACCAUUGACAGAAAAGACAAACAUGGGAAGACAUUUCUGCAUUAUGCCUGUGCUAUGAAAUAUGAUAGCAUCAUUGAACAAAUAUUGAAGCUCAACUGUGAUAUUAAUCUGAAAGAUUCUGAUCACAUGACGGCAUUGCAUAUCAUUUGCAAACGAACUGAUGGGAACAUUCAGAAAUUCAUAGCACUUUUGUUGGAGCAUGGUGCUGAAGUUGACAUGACUGACAGGUAUGGACAUACACCACUGCAUUAUCUUGGCAUGACCACAAUUAACGCUGAACAAAAUGCUACUCACCUGGAACUGCUGUUGAACGGGGGCGCAGAUGUCAGCAGGGCUGAUGGUAAUGGCAUACAUUUAGUUCACUAUCUGGCUAUUGCGGGAAUAUGCGAUAAAAUAAAAGUUGCACUGGAUAAAGAGACAAGAGACGUUGAUGUGACCGUUAAACAUGAUGUCAGUACAGUCAUGCAUAAAGGACAGACAGCGCUUCAUUUAGCAUGCAUUUCAUCUGAAGCUGGAACAGGUGUUGUCAGAGAGUUGCUGAAGUUUAAGGCUAAUAUAUGUGCCACUGACAGAAGAGGAAGAACACCUUUACACUACCUAUGUCUGAGUCCGUGCAAAAUUGCAUAUAAUGCAAAAACAAAUGAACUGACCGUUGAACCUACAACAGACAGUAAAGGGCGGAAAGAACUUGUGGAGCUUUUACUUGCCCAUCAUAUGAAGAAGAAGAGGAAACAAAGGGAACAAUGGCUGGUUGAUGAGGACAGCACUUCUGACUCGGGUCUUGGAGAUUUAAGUGAUUGUUCAAAAACAACGAAGAAUGCAAGUGUCCCUGUUCCUCCUGCUGUCAAAGAUUAUGUUAACAUGACGGACGACAGGGGAAGAUCUGCGUUCCAGUAUCUUUGUUCAAGUGGCACCAUAGACAAUGAACUUUUCCAAUACAUGAUCUCACUGGACCCAACUCUAAAGGCGUGGUUAGUCAACAACAGUGACUACAAUGGUCUAACAGUCCUACAUUCGCUUGUGCUAUCAGGAUCACAUCUUACCGAGAAGAUAAUCGGUGACAUAAAAUAUAUCAACGGUACCCUUUUUGAUAGAGCUAAGGAUGCAUUCUUUGUUAUUUCGCCUGGUCAAACGGCCCUACAUUUAGCUUGUAGAACUAUUAAUGCUGAUCUGAAGAUUGUGCAACUAUUGCUUCAGCACAAGGCUAACGUCAACGUAAUUGACUGCAAUGGCAGGACACCACUGUUCUACAUCUGUGAAGACGCGCAGAACAUCUCAUGGGACCAGGGCAGCCACGAAUUUGUCAUAAAGUCUGAUAGCAAGCCCUCAGAAGCCCUUCAGGAUAUCCGAUAUAACAUUGCCUUAGCCCUUAUACAUGUAGGGGCUUCGACAGACAAACCCAGUGAUGAUGGUGUCCAAGCUCUCCAUGGCCAGUUUAGAACCAUGAUUAGUAGUACAUGAGUCUUUACUUGACCAAUGUGUCCACGGAUGAUGCACAUAGUGUUCCUGAAGUCUCCAUUCUUAUCCAAUUUCUGAGGAGGUUGUGAAUAUUUCACUUAAGUCUGUACUUAUUUGCCCAAGAUCAUGUACAUGCUGUCAUUUCGGCCAUAGCUUGCAUCAAUGUGGCCAGGACGUUGUAUAUAAUGCCAUUCAAGUCUCUACUUAACCAAUACCCCAGGGAUGGUGGCUAUUGUUUCAUUUUAGUCACUUCAUAAACAGUGUGCCCGGGAUGUUCUAUAUAAUUCCUCUUUAGUAUCCACAUGUCCAGUGUUUGAUGUAAAUGGUCUCGACAGGAUGUAGUGCAUCAG